GGCCCCGCCCCUCUCCAGGGAGACGUCUCCGGAUUGGCUGUUUUCCCUGAACGUCAGGCGAUCCCGCCCCGGCGCGCGCCCUGCCGCGUGCCCACCCCCGUGGGCGGCUGCAGCCUACGCUAGCCUGCCACAGCCCGCUGCCGGCGAAGCCGGAUCCUGAGCCCCAGUCGCGCCGGGCUCGACGUGGGGCACCUGGACCGCGGCGGCGGGCAGGCGAUGCUCCAGAGACCUGAGCAGCCAUGGAGGCCGAGGCAGGCGGCCUGGAGGAGCUGACCGACGAGGAGAUGGCGGCUCUGGGCAAGGAGGAGCUGGUGCGGCGCCUGCGGCGGGAGGAGGCGGCGCGCUUGGCGGCUCUGGUGCAGCGCGGCCGCCUCAUGCAGGAGGUGAAUCGACAGCUGCAGGGUCACCUAGGCGAGAUCCGCGAGCUCAAGCAGCUCAACCGGCGCCUACAGGCCGAGAACCGCGAGCUGCGCGACCUCUGCUGCUUUCUGGACUCGGAGCGCCAGCGCGGGCGGCGCGCCGCGCGCCAGUGGCAGCUCUUCGGGACCCAAGCAUCCCGGGCUGUGCGCGAGGACCUGGGCGGUUGUUGGCAGAAGCUGGCCGAGCUUGAGGGCCGCCAGGAAGAGCUACUGCGGGAGAAUCUAGCGCUUAAAGAGCUCUGCCUGGCGCUGGGCGAGGAGUGGGGCCCCCGCGGCGGCCCUGGGGGCGCGGGGGGCUCAGGCGCUGGUCCGACACCGGAGCUCGCCUUGCCCCCCUGCGGACCCCGGGACCUGGGCGAUGGAAGCUCCAGCACCGGCAGCGUGGGCAGCCCUGAUCAGUUGCCCCUGGCUUGCUCCCCAGAUGACUGAGGGCAUAGCUUCCUUCGCGCCGACGCCCGCCCGGAUGGCUCCCCAAGAGCCUGGAUUGCGAUGGACCUCGGAACCUGGAAGCCGCCCCGGCUGCACACGAAGGGCCGCUGGCGUGGACUUAGACAUCCUGGCACUGAGGAGCGCCCUUCGCUCUUGCUAGCUGGGCAGCAGGGGGACUGGAGGCUGGAGCGGAGGGACUUGCAGGGGGCUGGGUGGGGGCUAAUAAACUGGGACGGAAGCAGAGUCCAUGGCAGCGUCUGUUUGGGACUCGCCGGGGUUAGGACAAGGACGGGGACGUUGAGACAGGGUAUGGGUCCUAUCCGGAGGGGCUGCAGAACUAAGGUGUCUGGUAUCCCCUCAUUGCCUCAAGUCAGGAGCGGUGUGAGACCGUGGAAAGCCGCUGGCUACAACCCCCACCCCCUAUACCUCCGCCGGCAGGCUCCGGGACCAGCCGUGAUCC